CUUUUGAGCCGUCCUGUUUUUAUCCAGGAGCCACAUGAUGUUAUUUUCCCCUUGGCUUCUUCAGAAUCUGGAGUCAUUUUGGACUGUGCUGCCAAUGGCUACCCCUUACCGCAAUACAGGUGGAUGCAAAAUGGCACAGAUAUUGAUUUUACCUCGAGUUAUCACUACAGGUUGGAUGGAGGCAAUCUGGUGAUCAGCUGGCCCCACACAGACCAGGACGUGGGCAUGUACCAGUGCCUGGCCACCAACCCCCUGGGGACGAUUCUCAGUCGCAAGGCGAAACUACAGUUUGCAUAUAUCGAAGAAUUUGAAACCAAAACAAGAAGUCCAGUGUCUGUCCGUGAAGGUCAAGGGGUGGUACUUUUCUGUGGUCCUCCACCACAUGUUGGAGAUUUAUCUUAUGCAUGGACUUUCAAUGAUAACCCUUUAUACGUUCAAGAGGACAAAAGACGGUUUGUAUCUCAAGAGACAGGAAAUUUAUACAUUGCCAAAGUGGAGCCAUCGGAUGUGGGCAACUAUACCUGCUUCAUAACAAACAAGGAAGCUCGGAGAAGUGUGCAAGGGCCACCUACCCCCUUAGUGCAGCGCACAGAUGGUGUGAUGGGGGAAUAUGAACCAAAGAUUGAAGUGCGUUUUCCCGAAACAAUACGAGCUGCAAAGGAUUCAUCUGUAAAACUGGAAUGCUUUGCCCUUGGAAAUCCAGUCCCUGAUAUUAGUUGGAGGAGGCUGGAUGGAAGUCUGUUGCCAGGGAAAGUCAAGUUCAGCAAAUCCAAAGCUAUCCUUGAAAUCCCGAACUUUCAACAGGAAGACGAAGGCUCCUACGGCUGUACCGCAGGCAACCUCCGCGGGAGAAACUUUGCCAAGGGCCAACUCAUCUUCUAUGCCCCUCCAGAAUGGGAACUAAAAAUUCAAAAUAAGUACUUGUCCAUAUAUGACAACUUAUUCUGGGAAUGCAAAGCACGUGGCAAACCAAACCCUUACUACACCUGGUUAAAGAACGGGGAGCACCUCAGUGCAGAGGAGAGAAUUCAAAUAGAAAAUGGGACCCUGAUCAUAACAAUGCUGAACAUGUCAGACUCUGGCAUCUACCAGUGUGCUGCUGAAAACAAGUAUCAGACCAUUUAUGCAAACGCGGAAUUGCGAGUAUUAGCUUCUGCUCCCAAUUUCUCCAAAAACCCAAUUAAAAAAAAGUCAGUUGUUCAAGUUGGUGGGGAUAUCACCAUCGAAUGCAAGCCUAAUGCCUCUCCCAGGGCAUUGAUUACCUGGAAAAGAGGCACUGAGACCCUGAAGCAGAGUAAAAGAGUGUUUCUCCUGGAGGAUGGCAGCCUCAAGAUUCACAACGUGAGCAGGUCAGAUGCGGGGCCGUACACUUGCACAGCCACGAAUCAGUUUGGUGUUGCUGCGAGCACGGGCAGCCUCAUCGUCAAAGAGAGGACAGUUAUUACUGUCCCACCAUACAAAAUGGAUGUGACAGUUGGUGAGAGCAUAGUGCUUCCGUGUCAGGUGUCCCACGAUCCUUCCAUUGAAGUUGUAUUUGUAUGGUCCUUCAAUGGAGAUAUUAUAGACUUAAAAAAAGGAAUUACUCAUUUUGAAAGGAUUGGAGGAGAAUCUGUUGGCGAUUUGAUGAUAAGGAAUAUUCAGUUAAGCCAUUCAGGAAAAUAUAUGUGCACAGUACAAACCACGCUAGAAAUUUUAUCUGCUGUAGCUGAUAUUAUUGUUAGAGGCCCCCCAGGUCCCCCAGAGGCUGUGAGAGUGGAACAUAUUUCCAGCAGUGCUUGUCAACUCAGCUGGAGACCAGGCCCAGAUAACAACAGUCCCAUUCAAAUAUUUACUAUCCAGACCCGAACACCCUUUUCUUUGGGUUGGCAGGCUGCUUCUACAGUUCCAGAGAUUCUAAAUGGUAAGACCUACAAUGCAACUGUAGUUGGUUUGAGUCCUUGGGUGGAGUAUGAAUUCCGUGUUGUUGCUGGAAACAGCAUUGGGAUUGGAGAACCAAGUAAGCCAUCAGAAUUGUUACGGACCAAAGCAUCAGUCCCAGUCGUGGCACCAACAAACAUCCAUGGCGGUGGAGGAAGUAGGUCUGAACUUGUCAUUACAUGGGAGUCAAUUCCAGAAGAACUACAAAACGGUGAAGGAUUUGGCUAUAUCAUCAUGCUUCGACCAGUUGGAUCAGCAACGUGGGUGAAGGAAAGAGUGCUUUCUGUGGAAUCAUCCAAGUUCAUUUACAGAAAUGCAAGCAUCACCCCUCUCUCUCCAUUUGAAGUCAAAGUGGGAGUAUAUAAUAACGAAGGUGAAGGGUCACUGAGCACUGUGUCCAUUGUCUACUCAGGGGAAGAUGAACCUCAACUAGCCCCAAGAGGAACUAUGGUCCAGAGUGUCUCUGCUUCUGAAAUGGAGGUUUCCUGGAAUGCCAUUGACUGGAAUAGAAAUACUGGUCGAGUACUGGGCUAUGAGGUGUUGUACUGGACAGACGACUCCAAAGAAUCCAUGAUUGGUAAAACUAGAGUCAGUGGAAAUGUUACAGCCAAAAACAUCACAGGCUUGAAAGCGAAUACAGUGUACUUUGCUUCUGUGAGAGCUUACAACACUGCUGGGACAGGGCCUUCCAGUGCUCCAGUCAAUGUCACCACUAAGAAGUCUCCUCCAAGCCAACCACCAGCAAACAUUGCAUGGAGACUGACAAAUUCUAAAUUAUGCUUAAACUGGGAGCAUGUAAAAACUAUGGAAAAUGAGUCUGAAGUAUUGGGCUACAAGAUCUUGUACCGACAAAACAGACAAAGUAAAACUCAUAUUUUGGAAACAAAUAACACAUCAGCUGAGCUUCUGGUUCCAUUUGAAGAAGAUUACUUGAUUGAGAUCAGGACAGUCAGUGACGGUGGAGACGGGAGCAGCAGUGAGGAAAUUAGGAUCCCAAAGAUGUCCAGUUUGAGCUCCAGAGGUAUUAAGGUUUUAGAACCUCAUGUCCAUGUUCUGUCAUUUGUUAUGAUUUUGUAUGUUUUGCUAUUCAGCUGCUUACAUGAUGAGUAA